CAAAUCGAGUCGCGGCCUCGGAAAGCCCAACACGGCAGCCGCUCUGCAUCUCUUGAGUCGGGGAAGGAAUUUAGGAGGGCUGUAUCUCCGGCUUGAUAGAGGAAUCCAAGUUGUGUCUCGGAAACCUCUGGUCUGUGGGCCUUAGCGGAAACGCCGCCGGGCACCACGAGAAUCAGGAAAUGCAUCCCCAUCUGUCUGCCUGAGAAGAAACUUAGGAACUGGCACGUCUCUGAGUGAAGAUGAGGAAAAGGCUGUAAAUUGGCCAAAAGAGCCUUGAAGUACUCUUUCCACGUGAGAAGGCGAUGGCUGGUGGGAGGAGGUGAACCCCGCCAGGAAAGAUGGCUUAGCAGCAGCUCCAGCUCCAGCUCCAGGCCAGCUGGUCUGUGCCCUGAGCCCGCCAUGGACGGAGCUCACGGUGCAGCCCUGCAGCUCCAGCAGCUCCCGCCCACAAGCAGUGCCAACCCCGUGAGAGAGGCUUCCUUCUCCUACAAGGAAAACUUGAUCGGCGCUCUCUUGGCAAUUUUCGGGCACCUUGUGGUCAGCAUUGCACUGAAUCUCCAGAAGUACUGCCACAUCCGCCUCGCAGGCUCCAAGGACCCUCGGGCCUAUUUCAAGACGAAGACAUGGUGGCUGGGCCUGUUCCUGAUGCUUCUGGGCGAGCUGGGCGUGUUUGCCUCCUACGCUUUUGCUCCCCUCUCUCUGAUCGUGCCCCUCAGCGCUGUCUCUGUGAUAGCCAGCGCCAUCAUAGGAAUCAUAUUCAUCAAAGAAAAAUGGAAACCUAAAGACUUCCUGAGGCGCUACAUCUUAUCCUUCGUUGGCUGCGGUCUGGCCAUCGUGGGUACCUACUUGCUGGUGACAUUCGCACCCAACAGUCAUGAGAAGAUGACAGGCGAUAACAUCAUCAGGCACCUCGUGAGCUGGCCUUUUCUCCUGUACAUGCUUGUGGAGAUCAUUCUCUUCUGCCUGCUACUGUACUUCUACAAGGAGAGGAACGCCAACAACAUCGUGGUGAUUCUCCUCUUGGUGGCCUUACUCGGCUCCAUGACUGUGGUGACGGUGAAGGCUGUGGCCGGGAUGCUGGUCCUGUCCAUACAGGGGAACCUGCAGCUCGACUACCCCAUCUUCUACGUGAUGGUCGUCUGCAUGGUGGCCACUGCCGUCUAUCAAGCCGCGUUUUUAGGUCAAGCCUCGCAGAUGUAUGACUCCUCUCUGAUCGCCAGCGUGGGCUACAUUCUGUCCACCACCGUGGCCAUCACCGCAGGCGCCGUCUUCUACCUGGACUUCCUUGGGCAGGAUGUGCUGCACGUCUGCAUGUUUGCACUGGGGUGCCUCAUCGCGUUCUUGGGCGUCUUCUUAAUCACACGGAAUAGGAAGAAGGCCAUUCCCUUCGAGCCCUAUAUUUCCAUGGAUGCCAUGCCAGGUAUGCAAAACAUGCAUGACAAGGGGAUGACCGUCCAGCCUGACCUCAAAGCUUCUUUUUCCUAUGGGGCCCUGGAAAACAACGACAACAUUUCUGAGAUCUACGCUCCCGCCACACUGCCCGUCAUGCAAGAAGAACAUGGCUCCAGAAAUGCCUCUGGGGUUCCCUACCGCGUCCUGGAACACACCAAGAAGGAGUGAGCCCACCUUGAAGGAGACCCUUUUCCUCUAGUCACAGCUGCUCAAGCCGUACUGACAGUGGUUCAAUCCUUGAUUCUAAAACUUGCCUUUCAAGUCUUUUUUUUUUUUUUAAUCCAUCAACUCUGUGGAGGAGCAUCUCGAAAAGCCUUUGCCUCGGACAAAGGGUAGAUUACCUUGGUCCUGGAAAUUUCAAAUGAUGAGGGUGGGAGUGGGGGCAUGAAAGCAGUAUUCCAGGUGGGCAGUACAGAGUUCAGCCUCUGCCUGGUUUAGCCCAACCAGACUUGGAAAGCCUUCAUCAUCCUUGUGGGUGGUACCUGGGCUUUCCCAGGCAGGGACCAAGGGUGGCCACAUUCUUCAGAGCUAAAGCCAGGCAGAGAUUCUGCCCCUACUUUCCAAAUCCACUGAAAGGCUGGAAACCUCCAGAUCUAGUCUUCCCUCACCGCACUUGCAGGCCUGAUCUCUACCCACCUCCGUCUUGAUUCUGUACUUGUGAUAACCUUCAUGUCACCUUCACGUGGCAUGGUGAGCCAGCCCCGGGUGUCCCAUUCUGUCACUCACCUGUAAGGAGCUCACAUCUGCUUUCUGAGUGUCUGUGCCUCUCCAGUGAAGAUGUGCUGGAUGUGUCUGUAGUGGGUCCACUCUGGAAAAUCAUUUGAUUCUGGUUCUGCUGCUUUUUUUCCCCCCUCAAAGGAACUGAGAAAUUAAGAGAAGAGGGAGAAUAAGAAAGACCGAGUAGGAGUGAUGAGACUUCAGCCCUUAAAGGAAGAAAAAUCCCUUUUCAUUCGACAAGAGGGGACUGCAUCACUUAUCAAAGGACAGACAGACAAUCUGGCUGUUUUGUGUUGUAUUCUCCUGCACACCAGUGCCCUCUGGGAAAACUGGGGGGGUGCUUAUUUCAGAGACAGCCUUGCUCAUCUCUCCUCCAUCCUCUCCGGUAUUGAUCGACUAGCCAAGCUUGAGUCAUUGGCUAACUUCCUCGGAGUCAAUAGACUCUUUGGGUCCCCACACACAUACAUCUUCAAGAAGCAAGAAUUCUCAGAAAUGGGACUGCUGCCGGCUGGCUGCAUACACAGCUGUCUUCCUUUAGGCUGACUGUAUACUUCUGAGAAUAGCAGGUAAAGGUCUGUAAACUUUAAUGAAAGUAAGGAUCUCUUAGGGAAUUUAUUUAAAAUGCAGAUUCCCACACCCCGACCUCAGAUACUCUGAUUAAAUGGGACUGGGACCAGCCCCAAGCAUCUGCAUUCUUGGAACUUUCAUGGUGGUCCAGGGGUGAAGACUCCACACUUUCAAUAUAGGGGGCACAGGUUGGAUCCCUGGUCCAGGAACUAAGAUCCCACAAGCCGAGUGGCACGGCCAAAAAAAAAAAAAGAAGAGUCUGCAUUCUUAACUGUCAGCACAGGUGAUUUUGAGGCUGGUAAUCCAAGUAUCACAUACCUUGAAAGUCUAAUAAUUGAGAGAGCCAGUCUGCUAAAAUCCUGACACCCCCACCCCCACCUGACCCCCCCCUACAUUGGAAAGCUGGAAUUACCAUUCCUUGUUUCCUCUUGGGGGUUUAUUUGGCAGACUCAAUAAUCCCCAUAGGAUUCGUGGCAUUUCUCCAUCCGGUGAUUACCUCUUAGAACUGCACUUCCUGCUUCUCUAGGCAGCCUUGAGCUAACAGGCAAGUUAUCAGUGUUAACAGACCAGUGUUGAUAGAUCAUUAACCUUUAUGGAUUAUGCUUAAUACUGAUUUAGUACCUUGCCUUUGAAGCUGAUGUUUGUUGCCUGAGAUAACCAGUUCUUUAUUGUGUCUUAACUACUGUAUUGUGUCUUACAUGCCCAAGAAGGCAACAGACAAUGACUUUUUUUUCCCCUUUAGGAUAGGUAUCAACUCAGUUCAACAAUAUUUGUGAGACACUGACUAUGUGUUAAACAUUUGGACGGUAAGGGCUACAAAUAAUAAGACCUGAUUUCUGCCCUCCAAGCCAGCAGCAAGAGACACAAAUAUGUGGUCAACUAUGACAAGGGAGGCCAAGUAUGAUAGUGGACCACAGAAAAUGACAGUUAUGGAGGCCCUGCUAAAGGUCAGGCCCUGAGCUCAGAACUGGGUAUUCAGAAUUGGAGACGAUUUUGGCUAGACUCCCUGAUGGGUGGCAAAUCUAGCUAAGAUUUGAGCAAAACGUAGAAAAUUAGAGUGAUCACUCCCAGGCAGAGGGGCCAACUUUUGCAAAGGCACAGAGAUGGGUUGGGGUAGGGGCAAAGGAAGAGCUGGGGCGGGUGAUGGAGAUUAACCUGAAAAGAUGAGCAGUCAGUGGUGGAAUCAUGGAGAAACCUGAAGGCCUGGCUGAGGAGUUUAAAGCGUAUCCCAGAGAACACAGGAGCCAUUGAUGGUUCAUGAGUGCGAGAAUGGCAGAUUGGAAAGGAGGCUUUAUGCAGGGCAGGGGAAGAAUUUGAAGGGGUAAUAGAAGCCACUGUUCAAGGUCAGGCUGCAUGCCUGCAAGAACAAAACACAAAAGGGGAAUUAAAAUCCAGUUUCACUGCUACUCAUAUUUUCCCAGUGGUGUUUCCAGUGUGGGUUGUGGACCAGGAAGGGAUGUGAGGGUGGCGUGGAUGAAAGAAAGGUAGAUUUAAAUGCGGCAAACCCAGGUGAUCAGCUGGCACCUGUUUGCUCCCAGCCUUACUCUGUCAUCUGCCCUGUGUUUGGUGAUGUCUCUUGGAGUCAGGCAAGAGUGACGAAUGGAUACAAGUGUGCUGUAAUCUUGGGUCAGCUGACGAUCAUGGGUCCAGCGCCACCCAGGAGCUGCUGCUGGGGCCUGGGCAGCACCUGCCUUCAGGUUUAGGGUAACAGCAUCAUCUCACGAGGCAGAGUACAGGAGGGCUGGGGCAGAGCUGCAUGUUGGCUGCCGGAGUGGAAGCCAGGGGAGGUCACGUGGUCCCAGGAAGAACGGCUGAUGUGGAGCCAUGGCCCCCAGAAUUCUGACUCUGGUCUUGGGCCGGCAUCUCCCAGUCUUUGUGGCUGAGUAUAAAUGGACUGUUUGCUGGUGUCUGAUAAGCAGCACUUGCUGUUAGGAUGGGGGACAAGGACAUCCAUUUUCCAUUUGCAGCCCUGAUUCUUUGUUUCUCUCGUGGUCCUCACAUCCCCAAACCCUCUCGAAGGCUCCAAGCAAUGGGACAUGUUCCACCAGCAUCCCCUUCCCUGCCGCCAGUACGUAAGACAAGGUCCCCAAACUUGGGUUUCAACUUUCCAUUUAUUCUCCAGCUUCCUCUGCCCACCCCACUCCAUCCCCCUCUCCUAAAGACUGGGAUUCUGGAGUCCCUACUCAGACAUUAAAAUAGGUUCACAGACGGGUGCCUGCAGCUUUUAAAGAGAGCUUAGCCCCACUCCACCCGCCCGCGCCUCUCCCAUGGAGCUGCAGGUCUGAAGAUGCCAUCACAUGAAGCCUUGGGUGGUAGGAGGGUUUUGCAGGAUGCAACUGGAUGCUGGGUAGGCGAGAGAGAAUCAACCUCUCUCCAUCGCUUUCCUGGUGGAAACCAAGCAGCUGGAUGGCACAGCGUGGAGACAAGAUGUCCAUCAGGGUAGUGUUGGGGAACCUCCAACCUGCAGCCUUGUGAAUUCCAAAUCUGGUCCCACACUGGCUGGUAGACGAAACAGUUUUACUGAUUCUACUGUGUGUUUCUCUGAGAAGCUGUGCAAGUGAAGUCACCUUAGAAUAUGUAUUUAUGGGGAUGCUCACAUUUUGUUAAUUUAAUGGCUAAUAUAUGGCAUGUUCUUAUUUUCAAAAAUAAAUGUGUGUGCUAGGUACAAAUAACAUUAUGAAGUGGUAUUUAAUUAAAAACAAAAUCCACAUGA